CGGGCCGUGGCGGGGAACGUACGGUGGCUGCAGGGAGUUAGCGGCGCGGGGUGGCCUGGGGGCAGCGGCCGGACGAUCGGAGGAGGGCGAGAUUCUGCUGGGUUCAUUGCCUGGACCUGAGUCAAUUCUGCGGAAGCAGCCAGCGGUCGCUCAGCGGCUGUGGCGUCCUCAAGCUCUGGGGAUGAGGCUCUACGGGACAAACGCGCCCGGCUCCUGUCACGCGGGCUGCCGAAACAGAAGCCCAUAGAAGGAGUUAAGCAGGUGGUGGUCUUGGCUUCUGGAAAAGGGGGAGUUGGAAAAUCGACAGCAGCAGUAAAUAUAGCCCUUGCCCUAGCAGCAAAUGAUUCGACAAAAGAAGUUGGCUUACUUGAUGCAGACAUAUAUGGACCUUCAAUUCCAAAGAUGAUGAACUUAAAAGGAAACCCAGAAUUAACACCAAAAAAUCUUAUGAGGCCCCUUAAGAACUAUGGAAUUGCAUGCAUGUCUAUGGGUUUCUUGGUAGAAGAGACUGCCCCGGUUGUGUGGAGAGGACUCAUGGUGAUGUCAGCUGUUGAGAAAUUGUUGAGACAGGUUGACUGGGGUCAACUGGACUAUUUAGUAAUUGACAUGCCACCUGGGACUGGAGAUGUACAGCUGUCAGUCUCACAGAAUAUUCCAAUUGCAGGAGCUGUGAUCAUCUCCACUCCACAAGACGUGGCUUUAUUAGAUGCACGCAAAGGAGCUGAAAUGUUUCGAAAAGUCCAUGUACCUGUUUUAGGACUGGUUCAAAAUAUGAGUGUUUUCCAGUGUCCCAAAUGUAAGCAUGAGACACACAUUUUUGGAGCUGAUGGUGUAAAAGACCUAGCAAAAACCCUUGGAUUGGAUAUUUUAGGAGACAUUCCACUGCAUGUUAAUAUACGGGAGACGUGUGAUUCAGGACAGCCUGUUGUGAUCUCGCAGCCUCAAAGUGAUGCUGCUAAAGCCUAUCUUAAGAUAGCUAUGGAAAUAGUAAGACGACUGCCAGUACCUCCUGCUUGAAGUGUUUAUCACUGAAACUUACCAAAAAACGUGAUCUUUUGGUGAGACCAAUACAGAAGAGUCCUGCAACCUUAUGUGGAUGCCAUAUUUUAGUUCCACGAUUUUUUUAAGGAAUUAAUUUAAGCUUAAAUUGUGAUUGUGAUAUUUACUAUUUUUCAAUUUGUUUGGCCAUGUCCAAAUGGAUUGAACUAUGCAAAGGAUGAUAGACAGUAUUUAGCUGCUGGACUGUAACAUCAUCAAGCAAGAAGGGAUCAAGCACAUUUUUUACAUGUGUCCUGUUUUGAGGUCAAGAAUGAAAAAAAGCUGCUCCAGCCAAGGAGAAUGAAGAGAGGGAUGCCAAGGGAUAAGUCCUCCUUAAAAAAUGACAUUUGCCAUACUCUAAUUUCUGUCAAUUUUGGUUCAACUUUUUACUUGAUUAACUACCAAGCUGACCUUAAGUUCUGCAGAAUGUUCAGAAGCAAAUUCAGUUAUGUAACUGCAAUAUUUUUGUGUGUUCAUCUUAAAAGAAAAUUUUAAAAAUUCCGCGUAUACUCUGAGGAGUUCUUGUGAUGGUUCAUGAGCAAAUUCAUUCCUUAUUGGAUAAUGUUCGAUCAUGAGGCAAUUCACAGUUUAGUAGAGAAUGGAUUACAUGACCUGAGGCUUAACUCUUCACUGCUUUGCAUCAUAAUGGACCCAGACAGAAGACUGGUAACCAAGGGCUUCACUGAAAACCCAAUGUUGUGCCUGAGCUCAGUUUGCCAGGGGAUGCAAAUGAUCAAGUUAAAUUAAAUUUAUGAUUGUGUAUUCCUGUUACAGUGCAGCAACCUGGAAUUUGAAUAGAAAGGUAAAUUUUUGAAGUAAAGGAAAAUUUGCUCAUCAAACUGUGUGGCCUUCUGGUUUGUCUUUUCAUUGCCUUAUAUUUCUGUGAUCUUUAUUUUUGUGUUGGUGUGUGGAAGUGGAAGAAUAUGCCUUCAGGGAAUGAAUUUCCAUUUACAAUUAGAUGUCCGAGUUGACAUUUAGGCUUUUUCAUGUACACAAUCAAGUAUGGGUAUCUUAAACAUACAUCUUAACCAUACCAUACUGGGAAUUUAACCAGACUAGGGAGAUCUGCUGUUGACCUCUGUGGGACCGAGAUUUUCCCUGUAGUCCAAAUUGUUAUAAUCUUGGAUGUAGUUGUUUUUCCUUAUUGAAGUAACAGAACAGAAAAAGUUGGUAUACCUUUAAUGUUAAGAAUAUUUAAGUGACAUGUACACAGAAUUUACAUGAGAAAGCUAGGUACAAAUUAUGGGUUGAAUUUCAGGCUUAGGUGAUUUUGUAAUCCUGUAAAUGCUGUAGUCCAAAACUGUUGAUUUUUUGAUUCCUAUCAAUCUCUGAACCUCCUCGCUGGCACCCUCCCCCAUGAGAUCUUGUAUCAGUGUUCAGCUUUUUCAGUAGCAUAUGAUCCUGGGCCUGUAGAAUUGACACAAAUAUUCACUUCCUUUCAGUUGUCUAAGAUAUUUUACAAAAAUCAAACUGGCUUAGCAUUCUGCCCUUUCAUAUUUUAUUAAUAAAACUUAUUGGUUUUUUAAAUUGA